AUGGAGCCCGAGGGGAGAUUGGCGCCUCUGCGGGUGAUGCAGUGGAAUGUGUUGGCCGAUGGAUUAGCUCAAUUCGGUGAUUUCUGCUGCGGAGGAGCCGAGCGGGUGCCGGCUGACGUUCUGGGCUGGGGAGCGCGGGGGCCCAAGCUGGUGGGCGCCAUUGUGGGGGCCUCGGCGGACGUGGUGUGCCUGCAGGAGGUGAACCACUUCGAGGACUUCUUCCUGCCCGAGUUGCGCCAGCGCGGGUACGAUGGGACGUUCGUGGCGAAGAAGCUGUCCCCGGCGCUGCAGUACGGGUGUUCCCCCGACGGCUGCGCCAUCUUCUAUCGAACGAGCAGGCUGCAGCUCGUGCAGAGGGACGUCGUCCUCUACCCCGCCCCUCCCACGGCUGUACCGAAUCAAGGCGCCAUCGCUUGUCGCUUCAGAGACAUUCGAGCCGAGAGGGAGUUCCUCGUGGCGACGACGCACUUGAAGGCCAAGGUCGGGAAGGAGAACGAGCAGCGACGACUGUCGCAAGCGCAAUCUCUGAUGGAUUUGCUCGUGGACCUCACCGGGAGCAGCGGCCUUCCGUGCGUGGUGUGUGGAGACUUCAAUGCUCCGCCGGAUUCAGAGGUCUACGACUUCGUGCGGCGGCAUCCGAUGCGCUUGAAGAGCGUCUACGCCUGCAGGAGUGAGCCGUCCUCGGACGAAGCCGGGGCGGAAGAGAGAAUCGACUGGGCGAGAAAUGGCGGUGCGAGUUCCGAGCCUGCCUACACGACGUGGAAAUUCAGGCCCUCAGGGGAGAAGAAGGAGACGAUCGAUUACAUCUGGAUGUCCGAGUACAAGGCAUUGCGGCCCAGUUCGUGCCUGCGUCUGCCGAGUGAAGACUCUUUGGGUGGGAAGGGCCUUCCCACCAGCGCCAUGCCUUCCGAUCAUUUGCCCCUCUUGUGCGAAGCCGUCUGGACCUGA